AUGAAAAACCUCACUACAUUGACUGAGUUCAUCCUGUUGGGUCUGACAGAUGCCCCUGAGUUCCAGGUUGUGAUUUUCUUCUUUCUCCUUCUCACCUACAUGUUUAGUAUCAUUGGCAACCUGACCAUCAUCGUCCUCACACUAUUGGACUCCCACCUGCAAACCCCCAUGUAUUUCUUCCUUCGGAAUUUUUCCAUCUUAGAAAUUUUCUUCACAUCUGUUUUUACUCCCAGACUGCUGUACAGUAUCUCAACGGGGAAUAAAACCAUCAGUUUUGUUGGUUGCUUCCUUCAGUACUUUUUUGCCAUAUUUCUGGGAGCCACUGAGUUUUUCCUCCUUGCUGCCAUGUCCUAUGAUCGGUAUGUCGCCAUCUGCAAGCCCCUGCAUUACACAACCAUCAUGAGCACCAGAGUCUGCAUCCUGCUAAUUCUCUGUACUUGGCUGGCUGGGUUAUUGAUUUCUGGCCAAUUAAUUCUACUGGCAAGUCGUCUGAAUUUCUGCUCAUCCAAUACCAUGGAUCAUUAUUACUGUGAUACUGCUCCUCUUUUCAAGCUCUCCUGUUCAGACACAGGUCUGGCAGAGCUAGUCGAUACUCUCUUAGCCUUAGGGACACUUCUGGUCACUCUCGUGCUGGUGCUUCUUUCUUAUACAAACAUCAUCCGUACAAUUCUUAGAUUUCCUUCUGCUCAACAAAGGAAAAAGGCCUUUUCUACUUGUUCCUCCCACAUGAUUGUCAUCUCUCUCUCUUAUGGCAGCUGCAUGUUUAUGUACACCAAUCUCUCAACAACAGACGUCAGCUUCCAUAAGGGAGCGGGGAUCCUCCAAACUUCAAUUGCUCCCCUGCUAAAUCGCUUCAUUUACAGCUUAAGGAACAAACAAGUGAUUCAAGCCUUCAAGGACUUGAUCCAAAAGAUCACAAGUCACUAA